UCCUCCAACCUCAUCUCUACCUGAGCUUUUGACUUCUCAAGAACUGAAUCCUGCCUUCAUCAUGUCUCACUCUGUGCAACAGCCAUGGAAAAACUUCAGUGGACGCCUCAAAAGCCCCUUGCCUUGCUCCAAUGCUGAGCACCAGGAACUGCUGGAGUUUGAGUCUUUUGGGACGAUGGGGCCAAUGCCUCGUGGCGCGUUCACAGAUGCCAACCUGAGCUGUGUUAGCAUGGACUUGAUGCAAAAUGAGAACUUGAGGGACCAUAACACUAACUUGUACGCUGGAAUGAAAGACACACUCAUCAUCCGAAGGGGUCAGGAGUUCAAGAUAACCCUUCAUUUCAACCAGCCUAUAACUCCCAACGACAAGUUCCAGAUGGAGUUUUACAUUGGUACCAAUUGUUGCGUUACCAAUGGCACAAAGAACAUUGUCAGCUUUGACAGCACCUCGUCUCGAAGUGGGAAGUGGACGGGUCAAAUAAUCCAAAAAGAAGGAGACAUAUGCGUGGUGGGCAUCACUCCUUCUCCGAGCACUAUCGUUGGAAAGCACAAGAUGAAUCUGGCCAUCAUUGGUAACCGCGGAGUAAACAGGUCACCGAGUAUAUAUUUAUAUAUCCUGUUCAACGCCUGGGUGCCUGAAGAUGAGGUGUUUAUGACUGAUGAAGCAGACAGACAGGAGUAUGUGAUGAAUGAAAAGGGCUGCAUGUACCAGGACGAUUCAGGCUCUGGAAAACUAUGGCUUUUUGGGCAGUUUGAGCAAGGAGUCCUAGAUGCCUGUAUCCGGAUCUUGGACGACUCACAAAUGCCUAUAAAAAGCAGAGGCAAUGUUUUCCAUGUUAGCCGGAAUGGCUCUUCAAUGAUUAACUUUCAGAGGAAUCGUGGGGUCCUGGUUGGCAACUGGAGCAAAGACUUUUCAAAUGGCAAAGCACCAACCUUAUGGAUCGGCAGUGUCCAAAUCUUGCUUGAGUAUGUUAGCAAGGGACCUGUCAAGUAUGCCCAGUGCUGGGUCUUUGCUGGAGUGUUCAACACCUUCCUGCGGUGCCUGGGCAUCCCUGCCAGGGUGAUCACCAACUUCAACUCUGCUCAUGACAGUAAUGGGAAUAUAGUAACAGAUCUUAUCUUCACUCUCAAUGGCACUCGACUUGAGCUGAAUGAAAGCCUUUCCAAGGAUUCUGUCUGGAACUACCACUGCUGGAACGAGGCAUAUAUGUCCAGGCCUGAUCUCCCUGCUGCCCAUAACCUCGGUGGAUGGCAGGUGGUAGAUGCCACCCCCCAGGAAACCAGCGAUGGAUAUUACCGCUGUGGACCUUGUUCUGUCAAAGCUGUCAAGGAGGGAUUGCUCAGCCAUCAAUAUGAUUCCAUAUUUGUGUUUGCUGAGGUGAACAGCAAGGUUAACAUGCACAAGAUUGAUCCAAAAACUGGUAAAAGUGAGAUAUUUAAAGUGGACACAGAAUAUGUUGGCCGAAAAAUCAUCACAAAAUCCAUUGGCGAAAACAAUUAUGACCCAGUGGACAUUACAGAGACAUACAAAUACCCAAAAGGCAGCAAAGAGAAGCAAGAGAUCAUGCAGAGACUUGAGCAAACCUACGGGACGGUGAGUGAAAUGCAAGACGAUGGCGAGGAGCCUAAUGUGGAGAUGACUCUGGAGCGCUCGGUGCAUCCUGUACGGCUGGGCGACGCCUUCCAGGUCACUGUGGUCUUUCAGAACCGGAGCCAAGAAACACGCACCAUCCAGGCCUACAUGGUGGGCUCUGUGGUGUACUACACGAACAUUCACACGGCGAAGGUUAAUGAGUUGGACAUCGAAAUCACUCUGAAACCCAUGGAGACAUCGAGAGUACAGGUGGACAUGCUGGCAGAAGAAUACCUUCCCCAUAUGAGUUUCCAGUCCCACGUGCGCUUCACUGUGACAGCCACCUGCAUGGAAAAUAGCCAGCACUUGAUGGUUAUGGACACUUUACACCUGGAAUCCCCCGAGUUUGUCUUUUCGAUGAAUGGACCAGCGAGGAUGAACCGGGUGACAUUUGUCACAGUGCAGUUCACCAACCCGUUCACAUUUGCCCUGCAUGACGUGAACAUGGCCAUGACAGGACCCAGAAUCAUGUCACAUAGAAAAAAGACCUUCAGUUUGAUCGAACCUGGGGCCACUAUCUCCUGGACGGAAUCCUGUACUCCUACAUUGUCUGGGGAAAACAUGCUGUAUGCUGUCCUGGACUGCCCAAAGUUGGGGAACGUGCGAGGCAACUGGAUCAUCUCCAUCCAGCCAUGAGAAUUGUCAGGGAAAGCCCCCCCACGUACAAAUGUCUGAGAACCAUCUGAAAGGAAUUGAUUGGUCAAUAAGCAAUUCCACCAAGCCUAUGAUUGGUUGGGGUGAAGCUAAUACCAUAUCACUGAUCAGAUUUUUCCAGAAAUGGAGCUGGGAGGUCAUAACCCCAAACAGCAAAAAGCGCAUUUGUUUAUCUUAUUGUUUCUUCUGCAAUGCUAAAUAGCAAUCACAUUAAUACUGGACAUUCAAGGGCCCUUCCAUAAGGUCUUCAUUCAAAAUGAUUAGUCAUAUCUGAUCAGUUUAACUAGGAAUGAACUUUUAGUUAUGUGACAGCAUAUAAUUUUAAAUGCAUGUAAUUUGAUUUAAAACAUAUUUAAACUUGCAGUUUUUAAUAAACAGGUAAUUUAAAAUUCUUUGCCCUUUAUAUAUUACCAGUAUUAUCACGAUUCUCAUGGGAAAAAAUGCAAAACUUAAAAAAACUAAGAAAUUAAGAGUUUUUCAUGCCUUUAAAUUAGAUAAUACAUAACACCCAGGGAUUUUGGUUUUUAAAAUGAGCUGACUGUUAUUCCAGCUUACCUUUGCUGACUUUCAUUUUCUCAUGCAAUCAUGACCUUCAUUCUAAUCAACACCCCAGUGUUAACUUUAGUAGAUUUUAAUCAUAAUGAAAAUGUACAACUUUUAAAGAAGCCACUGAAAUUUGAGAAAAUAAAUCUCUCUUUUUCUUUGUCUAGCAAAUAUUGCAGGAAAAAGUAACAUGUAAUUGACAAAAAGUAAUUCCUUUGUUUUUUGUUUAAUUGA